AUGGCGGAUGUUCGUGUCCUGUUCGACCCAUUGAUCGACGACUACCUGGUCAUGGCCAGUCACCAACGUUUGAAGGCGCUUUGGUCAAGCGAAAGAAAAGAGGACAGCUACGCGGUCGAAAUUCUCCGAGGGAGCAAGAAGAAGCGCAACGCUGUGGCACAAUCGGUGAGCUACAGCGAGCUUGCGAAGAUGGUGCCUCCAACCUCGAAUACGGUUGAGCGCCUCUUCUCGCAAUGCAAGCUGAUUUUGACGCCCCAGUGUGCGUGUUUGUUGCCUGCCAACUUCGAAAUUCUGGCAUUUCUGCGAGUCAACCGCGACUUGUGGAAUGCAUCAACUCUUGUUGACGUCGAGUAG